CAAAUAUCAUUGCGUGACAAAUCAAUAAUAAAAAGUGAAAAUCACUUUAAUGUACCAUGACACUACACUUAUUUUGAUAUAUUCCAAUCCAUGGAAUUACUCAUUUACAAAUAGUUGUCGAAUACCAUGUAUUUAUUGCUAAGUUUUCUAUUUGUUAGUGUAUUAAGUUUUCCUAAUGGUAAUACAAAUUCGUCAAAUGAUCAUUUACUUAUUGAACACAGUGUCACUCUAGAGAGUGCUGAAAAUGCAAUUCAACAUCUUGUACCAGAUUUGAUGAUAGGAUUCGGAUGCAAAAAAUGUACCGAAAGAGAAAUUGAAUAUUGUUUGUCCAAUGAUGUCAUUGAGGAUCAUUGUUGUUGUCAAAGGAAAUACCAUGAAGUGUUCCCUUACAUUGUACAUACUUGUUAUAUAAGAUCUAGAAAUUGUGAACCUACUGUUCGGGACUGUGGAGUAUUUGAUCGAUUAUUGACUUGUUGUUGCCAUCAUUAUCUUGGAACAAAAUGGAAAAUCAAAAUGUCACCAUCCAUUAAUGGUCAAAGUCGAAAAAACCAAAACCUGUUUCUUUUUGGAUUUACUUUUUUACUUUUUAAGUACAAUUACUAUAUUUGUAAUUUCUUUUAAACAUGUUUAGCAAUUUUAUGGUUUUAUAUAUCAUGAUUGUUCAACCACAAAAAAGAAAAUAUUUUUAUCUUAUUAAACAAUAGCCUUUAAUAAAUAUUGCAUGACAUUUAAA